AUUUAGCCAGAUUAAUUCACUGACAUAUCCAUAGCCAUAAUCAUUUUAACUAACGUGAAAUAAACGAAAAUUAUAUGACCCGAAAAAGAAACUAAACCAAAAGAAAAUACGAAGUUGAAAAGUCACCUGUGUCUGUGGGUCAAAGUUGAAGGUUCAACAUAACCAUCGUAUGCCCUCCGUUCGCCGAGAAUGGCUAAACAUCAUCCAGAUUUGAUCUUUUGUAGAAAACAAGCUGGUGUCGGUAAGGUGUUUAUUUUAUUUUCAAUGGAUAUAAUUGCAUUAAUACUUACUUCUAAUAACCAAUGAUUCGUGCUGUGAAUGUUAUUGCUGUGCUCGUGUCCUUUGUUGAUAGUGGCUAGCUAGAUAAGCUAGCUUGCUAGGAACCGUUAGCAUACUGUUAGCUCAUUCAUUAGCUAGAUGGCUACUGUAUAAAAAAAUGUAUUGGUCGCAUGCACAUAUUUAGCAGAUGUUAUUGCGGUUGUAACGAAAUGCUUGUGUUCAUGACCGUAACCUGCUUCUUUAUCAACCCAUUAUUGACUUGCCUUCUAACGUUAUAGCUAUGUGAUAGUGGUUAAGUAGACUAGUUAGUAAGAUAAUAGCCCUUAAUCAUGACUCUCAGUUCCAUUACACGAGUCAUUGGACGAAGGCGUCUUCUGUAGGGGGGCGUUUUGUUAAGAUCCCCGAAACUCGGUCUUUACAUUAAGUAAACAUGCAUGAGGCAGUCGUGGGCGAAGCUAGUGGCUGACAACUGUAGGGAGAAGGCAGAAUGCCCCUAGAGUUUUUGAGAGAGCUAGUAAGAUGUCUUAUUGAUUGCUUAACCCCUAGCUUUAUGGAGCAAUGCUUUGUUGGCUAGCUACCUUAUUCAUGUUCACUCACUGGUUGUUCUAUUGUUUACUUUUCAGCUAUUGGAAGAUUGUGCGAGAAAUGUAAGUUUAUAAAACAUGUUUUACACUAUGUUGUCUCUUUCUCCCACACAGGGUGUAUUUGCUGCCCUUAAAUGUACCCUCAUAACUCCUAGAGUAGAGACCGUGUCAUCAUCAACACUUUGACUUUGUUUACUUUUAUAUGUAAUUGCCCCAGUUCAAAAUGCCACGGCAUUAAACACAGUCGCAUCCCUCUCUUCCCUCCUCUCCUAGGCGAUGGAAAGUGUGUGAUCUGUGAUUCGUAUGUGAGGCCUUGUACACUGGUGCGCAUCUGUGACGAGUGCAACUACGGGUCCUACCAGGGGCGCUGUGUCAUCUGUGGAGGUCCUGGGGUUUCUGAUGCUUACUACUGCAAAGAGUGCACUAUCCAGGAGAAAGACGUUAGUCACCUGCUCUCUCUCAAUCACUCACUUAUAAAAGGUGUAGAAAAACCUUCACAACAUUCAAUGCCCCCGUAUAGUUUAUGCAGUGUAUCCAAUAAACAACAUUGCAACAAUAAACUAUACAGAAUCAUUCAACAUUGUGCUCCUUCGACAUAUAACGUUCUAGAUCAAUGUUGUGUGAAAAAAUGAAAGGUGUCUGAGAUGCUGAGUAAUGAUAUGAAAGUGGUUGUACAAGUACUAUUGUCAUUUUUAACAAUCUCAAUGUAAUGUGAGAUUUUCUACUCCUCUCUCCUCUACUGGAUGUGACCACACAGCGAGAUGGAUGCCCCAAGAUUGUGAACUUGGGCAGCUCAAAGACUGACCUGUUCUAUGAACGGAAGAAGUAUGGCUUCAAGAAGAGGUGAAGACAGGCCGGUCCAACAAGUGCUUUGCUUCUGUUUUUUUGUGUGAACGUUUUUACAUUUAUUUUGUGUGAACAUGUUUUGACAAUACAAUAAAGCUUUCUUUUAUAUUA